AUGAAUUUUGAGGAAUUAAAAGCGAAAGGUAACAUAAGCUUCAAGAAUGGAUCUUACUCUGAAGCUAUCAGCUGGUAUAACAGAUGUAUUUCUAUAGAUCCUAGUAAUCCAAUAGGAUAUAGCAAUAAAGCAAUGGCGCUUUUAAAAGCCGAUCGGUUUGAUGAAGCUAUCACUACCUGCGAGAAAGGCUUACAGCUUAUAUCAAAAGAAGAUCCUGAAAAUUUAAUUAAGCAGAAACUUGAGUAUAGACUACAGUCUGCAAAAAGUAGCCUUCGAGACUAUCAAAAAAAUUACAUUCCAAUUGAAAUAAAUGAAGUUGACGAACUGCAUAGUGAAUUUUCUAGUCUCUGA